UAAGUAGGGCUCAAUGGCACAUGGGCAGCCACUGGCAUGUGCCCAGGCCCAGCACACACAUCCAUGCUGGACCAAGCCCUUCCUCUGUGGCAGCCACAGCCCCUUCCCUGUCACCCACAUGGGCCCAGCCUCUGCAUGGCUGCUGGAGCCUUGGCUCUGACCUGAGACUUCCCCAGAAGAGGCCAGGGCCCGCCUGCUUCUCAGCCUAACACACUGGCCCUUUUUCCCAGAGGAUCCCGUGGUCAAGCGGUUCCUGGCCUGGGACAAGCAGCUGAGUGUAUCUGACAAGUACCUGCUGGCCAUGGUCGUCGCCUACCUCAGCAGAGCCGGCCUCUUCUCCUGGCAGUACAGGCGCAUCCAUUUCUUCAUAGCUCUCUACCUCGCCAACGACAUGGAGGAGGACGAAGAGGACGACGAGCCACCCAAGCAGGCCAUCUUCUCCUUCCUCUAUGGCAGGAACUACGCCCAGCGGCCCUUCUUCCACAAACUGCGCCUGCAGUUCAUGCGCUGCAUGGGCUGGAAGGCCAGGGUCACCCUGGAGGAGUGUGAGGAGAUCCAAGCCUAUGACCCAGAGCUCUGGGUGUGGGGGCGAGACCGGGCCCUCCUUUGCUAAGCGGCUGCACUGAGACCAGUGGGCACCGGCCAGAGGGCAGGUACGUGCAGGUCCUUGAGGUGGGCUGGCAGAGGGCUGUGUCCAGUC